AUGCCAGCAAUUAAGGAUGUUUACGUAGCAGUGAUCGGCGCUGGUGGAGUAGGAAAGGCAUUCCUGACACAACUCGAGGCUCUCUCGAAGCGUCUUACCUCCCCCAAAAUCUCCCUUAUCUUCGUCUCGCGAAGCAAGAAAGUCCUCUACAGCCCGAAAUACACCGCCUUGUCAUACGACAAUAUUUCUACCUCCCUCGCAGACUCAACGCAGGAGCCUCUCGCCCUGCCGCAAAUCAUCGAUUUCCUUGCUGCAGCUCCUGCAAAAGUUGUUCUUGUGGAUAAUACAAGCUCCCAGGAUGUAGCAGAUACAUACCCAGGCUUUCUUGCAAAGGGCAUCAGUAUCGUCACGCCAAACAAGAAGGCUUUCUCAGGCUCGUAUACGCUCUGGCAAUCCAUCUUCUCGGCCGCUGCUUCGUCAGGAGCUAAAGUCUACCAUGAAAGCUCUGUUGGUGCUGGACUGCCGGUCAUUUCGACAUUGAAGGAACUUGUCGAUACUGGCGAUGAGGUUACAAAAAUUGAGGGUGUCUUCAGUGGUACCAUGUCGUUUUUGUUCAACUCUUUUGCGCCCACGGAGGGAUCCGGUGGCAAGUGGUCGGCCGAGGUUACAAAGGCCAAGGCACUGGGCUAUACAGAGCCCGACCCACGAGAUGACUUGAAUGGGCUGGACGUUGCCAGAAAGUUGACCAUCCUGGCACGUCUUGCUGGACUGCCGGUUGAGUCGCCAACAUCAUUCCCAGUUCAGAGCUUGAUCCCCAAGGAGUUGGAGAAUGUUGCUAGUGGUGACGAGUUCCUGCAGAAGCUACCCGAGUUCGACUUACAAAUGGAGGAGACCAAGGUUGCUGCUGAAAAGGAAGGAAAGGUUGUACGAUUCGUAGGAAGUAUUGAUGUGACUAAGAAGGAGGUAAAGGUUGGUCUGGAAAAGUUCGACCGUUCGCACCCAAUUGCUGCAUUGAAGGGCAGUGAUAACAUCAUCAGCUUCUACACGAAGCGGUACGGAUCCAAUCCCUUGAUCAUUCAAGGAGCUGGCGCUGGCGGCGAUGUCACUGCUAUGGGAGUAACAGGGGAUCUGAUCAAAGUUCUGGAACGAUUGUCUUGA